GGAUUAUCUUCCUGUCUGCGAAGCAGUUCCUAAUCUUCACUUACAAGACCCUGGUACCCUACUUUCUUAAUCAAGAGAUGUUCCUGUCAUUGAAGUCUCUUCAAGUGUUGACCUUCCUAGGCGUUUUCUGCUUCAGCUAUCUUCUUGCAUCAGUGAACAACGAAAAAGAGAGAUCAGUUGCAGAGACUCAGCUAAUGCAUGAUACAGGAAAGAUGAUUGAAGAUAUAAGUCGUCAAAGAUGGUUGCAAAGUUUACUGGAUACCAUUCACAACCCAGGCCGAAGAACGCUUUCAGUGUUGAGACAAAAUAAAGAAAGGUCUGUUGCUGAAGCCCAGCUAAUGCAUGACAAAGGAAAGACUAUUGAAGAAAUCACUCGCCAGAGAUGGCUACAAGGAUUGCUGGCAGUUAUCCACAACCCUGGCCGGAGAGAAGUUUCUUUACUGAGGAACUUACAUAGGGAAGUAAAUGGAGCAGGCUAUGAAGAACGUCAAAAGCUUAACAUCAAUAAAAACAACCAGAACCUGCAAUACAGAAACCUAAAUACUGCACACAGUAAAAAGAUGUCUGAAUAA